GGACCAGAUGCACCCCUAUCACCGGACACUCGAGGGUUCGUUGAUCUAACCCGGAAUGUCUUAUCUAUCGCUUCAUGGUGUGUAGCAAGAGAGUGCGUGGUAUCUCAAACGCGUAUCUCGAAAAAGGAGAAAAAUGCGCAGGUGGCCGGCUCAACGCUCAGGUCAACAUGAAGAAGAAAUUUUUGAGUUGUCUGCGAAUGAGUUGACAACUGCUAGAUUUACUUUGGAUUCUCCAAAUCAUCACAAGCACCACUUGAGUAUACCAGACUGCCAGUCCACGGAGACUGUUAAACCUCAAACUCAGAUCCCAACUGUAGCACCCACGAAAAAUACACCUCCGCAUCCUAAACCCUCGACCAACAUGGCUUUGUUCACCCCCGGGCCUAUCGUCUCCCACGUUCUCAUGGUUCUCGUGGCCAUGUUGAAUAUUUGUAUUCUAUCUUACGAUGUGGAAUGAUCAACAACUUGAACUCGGCUAAGCCAUACCAAGAUUACUUCAAGUUAAACAGCGAUAUGAUCGGACUCAAUGUUGCUAUCAUCAGCGCCGGUUCGAUUUUCGGCGCUCCGAUAGUGGGUCCCAUGGUUGAUCGUUGGGGACGGAAGAUCGGCCUUGCCGUUGGCUCCAUCUGCAUCAUUCUCGGAGUUGUACUUCAAGCUUCAGCCUCGGGAGUUCCACAGCUCAUCGUCGGCCGCUUUAUCAUCGGUUUUGCCUCCCUCGUUAAUGGUUCGAUCGCCCCCAUGUGGGUAAUGGAGGUGGCGGCGCCGAAGUAUAGCUCAAUUCUAUCGAGCACUGUCUUGACAUCCGUACCAUUCACUUCGUUCUUAGUCAGCUGCAUCGUCCUCGGCAUCUACGACAAGCAGUCCAACUGGGCAUGGAGAGGGCUUAUGCUUGCGAUAGAGGUCCUCGCUCGAUUGCAUGCAAACGGAGAUCGUGACGAUGCUACAGUACUUCAAGAAACACGAGAGAUUGUCGCGGCCCUAAACCACGAGAAGGAGAGCGAUGGAGGAUGGAAGGAUUUGAUCGCACCAUCGCCGAACUUGAAGCGUUUUACGAUUACCGUUCUGACGAAUAUCUUCUAUCGAACUUUGGGCGGGAACAUGAUCUUAUACUUCUCAUCCUUCCUCAUUGGAAAACUAGUUGUUUCCGAGAGGAAGUCCGUAAUCCAGAUCAACAUCGGUUUACUACUGUGGAAGGCCUUUUGCAGCGUGGGCGGUGUCCUCCUUAUUGACAAGAUAGGAGCUCGCAAGCCAUUGAUUACCGGGACCUUCGCCACAGUUGUUCUGUUCGGCAUUCUGGCUGGCCUGUCUUACCUAACCGAGAUUCAUCCCGAGACUAACGCAUACGCCAUCGGCGCGAAUGUCGUUGUUGCCCUGUUCUUACUUGCAGUCGCUGCAAGCUGGAGCAUCUUGGCCUACACGUACCCUCCCGAAGUGCUAGGAUACUCUCAACGCGCCGAAGGCGUCGUGGUUGCGCAAGCAAUCGGGUACGCGUUCAGCUUUCUCAACCUUUACACCACUCCGCUAGCCAUCGAUAGAAUCUCCUGGGGAUACUAUGUGUUGGAUCUCUGAGCAGUCGGCAGAAAAGAUGGAUCUGGAAGGCGGUAUGGGCAC